AUGGCUCGUUUCAGUCUUUCUUUCCUUGCCAUCUUCGUCGUCUUCGCGGCUCUUGCCUUGUCGCUGCCCACCAAGACCGAUGACUUGACCCCAACCGAGAAAAUGGGGCUCGACAACACCAUCGAUAACCUUCAGGCUGCUACCAAGAUGAUGAAUGGCCUCGAUGACAAAGAUACCAACAACCAGAAGAACGAUAUUGAGACUUCUCCCUCUUCCACUCAGGAUGGUGGUGAUGAUGGUGAUGAUGAUGACGAGGCUAAGGAGAAUGCUGGUGGUGAGGACGAUCCAGAGGACAAGAAGCCCAAGGCUACUAAGACCAAGAAGCCUACCUCGGGCAACUUCGUCACUCCCACUGCUACCCACACAGCCAAGCCUAGUUCCAAGGCUAAUUCUCUUGGAAAGAUCCCCAUCAUCGGUGGUCUCCUUGGCGGUACUGGCAGUGGCCUGUAA